AUGUCAAAUGAACCUCUUCUGCCUUCCUAUGGUGCGGCGACGCAGCGCACCCGCCCCAACGAAUAUCGACUCGUCGUAAAACACACUCAUGCCUCACGCGCGCUGACAGAGACUAUCUGUGCACCCGUCUUCUUGAUCAGCGCCAUCUUGGCUACUGUCUGGGCCACAGAUCUCUUUAAGGCAACACCAACUGGCUCUGCACCCCUUCUCCCAUACUUUGCUUCCCUGUCUCUCGUAAUAUCUACAUGUUUCUGGACUGGUUAUCUCAUCACUACCGCUAGCGAUAACGUCGGUGGCCCGGUGCUGCAGAGGAAAGUAACAAUUGGUGUUGCAGUUGUGGGAAAAUUG